UGUCAAGCCAUAACUGAAUCGUAGACACUUUGGAUUUAAAAUUUUCAAAACGGAAAAAAUUCCUAAUCGAAUAUUUACAAAAAAAAAGGCUAUUUUUAAAAAUUCUUUGUGUUCAUACAACUUUAAAUACCAAAAAUACGUUUUAUAAGUCCGCUAUAUGUAGCAAAAGAGGUGGAAAAUUUGACACAAGUAAAACAGCAGUGGCGACUAAUUACAUAAAUACGGAUUAUCAUUAAAUUUUCUGUGUGAAUUAUUAUUGUUCAAAACAUUUGGCACUCGUUUAAAGAGAAGAGCUUAUUAUGAAGAUACCAUUCCUCAGCCGGUCGGCACCUAAAGACCAACUUUCUGUGACAGGUAUCGGUACGUGUGGUUGUUGUUCACUUGCAGAACCCGAACCCAUUUCAUACACAACCGAGUUUCGGGAUUUCAUACAGAAAAAUGCACCAUUAGAUUUCGAGACAAAAAUGGCACGAGUACGUCCAUUUGUAUUCACCAGUUUUAUAGCAUGGCCGGCUUUUUGGGUGUAUCGAGGCUUGGAUUGGAGCAACAAAGUACAUGUCGAACGAUCGUUGGUGGCCUAUAUAAAUCGGACCUACCACCGGGCCAAGUUUAUGCAGUUAGCGAUUCUCAGCAUGGGUCUAAUAUUUGCGGUUUAUGAACAGACUCCUUUCUUUCAUCAAGUGAGUCACAUGCUCAAGGGCAGUAUCGAUGACGUUGACGAGUACACCGCUCAAACUCGAGUGAUUGAUUGAACGAGCCAAAAAAGAGCGAAUGACUAAAAGACAAACUCAGGCGCUGGUAAAUUAUGAAAUAUGCUUCAGGAGAUUAUUUGCAAACAAAACGAAACAGAAGCAUAUUUUGUGUGUAUAUUAACUCAAGCAAAACUACUGUACAUUUAGCACAUUCAAGGCAGUCAUGACGGAAACGUAGUGCUCACUUUUGAUAGAUUAACUUUGAAAUUUCUUGAAUAAAAUUUUUUGAAUAAAACAUAGUUUUUUAGAAAAAUUCAAAAACAAUAGAAA